AUGGACUACGAUUCCUAUGAAACGUAUGAGGCUCUGUUCCUGCCGCUGCUCGAGCUCUGCCAUUCUAAGACCUCCAGUGAUGAUGAAAAUGCCACCAUGGACCCCAUCUUCGAUCCUGAACUGGUCAUUGCUCACUGCUUCAAGCAGUUCAAGCAGAAGGACUUCCACCUGCCUCAGAGCCGCCGGAGGAUCAUCAUCUUGCCUCAAAAAGAGGAUCCGAUACCCAUCAAUCUCAUGGCCCAACCCCAGACCCCCCCACAGCCAAUCUCCAGCUUCAAAGCCCUGGGAACUGGGGACAUCCAAGGGCAGCCAGAGGAUGCGAAGACCUGGCUCAGCCAGAGGUUGAAGCUUCGGAAGAAUCUGGAGUCAUUUGGCAACAUAGAGAGGUGGCUGCAGAACAAGCCCUGCCUCACCCCUUCAGAGGCCAAGGUCUUAUACAUGAUCCAGAAGGAGCAUGAGGCCCAGUUGGUGGCCCAUCUAACUCCUACCAGAGCCACCAAGGCAGAGUCUCCCAGAAGCCACCGGCCUUCCUGCCGACUUGUGCCCCAGCUCCGACUACCCAAGCCCUCUGCCUUGUCAGCCUUGUACUCCUACCUGCACAGCCGGAAGAUCAAGAUUCUGGAGUUAUUUAGCAAGGGGGACAGGAGCGAGAGCCAGAGGAUCUCUAGGGAGGAGUUCAUUGUGGCUCUGAAGGCGGUUGGAGUCCCUCUGAAAAACCAGGAAGUGGAAGAUAUAGUGAUCUAUCUCAGCUCUCUGGGAAAGCACAACAACAUCACCACAGACAUCUUGUUCAACACCUACAAGCAGUGGUCUUUAGCUCAUCAAAGAAGCACCCUGUCAACUGGAAGGGAAUAUCACAGAUCCACCAAGCACAGAAUUUCCCCGCAGAGUCCAGCCAAGAAGCAGGUGGGUUUCGCCCCACAGCCUCCCAAGAUGGACCUGCUGACUGUGCCUGAGGUUGACACCCAGAUGGAGGCACGGCCGUUGACUCUGGAGGAGAUGGAGGAUGUUGGCAAGCGGUACCGUGAGAGGAAGCGGCAGCACAAGCUCAAGAUCCCCUCCAUCCAGUACAUGGAGCGGUGCCGCUUGGUGCGCAGUGGGAAUAAGCACUUGGAUGAGCAUUGCCUCCCGUCCACCAUCCGAGGGGAGAUGGAAGAGCUCAUCAACAUGUCCCGCAGGGACAACUUUCUGGUCUACCUGCAGUGCUGCAAGCUCUGUGAGUACUACGGCAUCCCGCUGACGGAGGAUGUCCUCAUGAAAGCCCUGCUGUACCCGGGGGACAAGAUCAUUUUCCAGAAGGACCAGGUGCGCCCAAUCCGACAGCCGGGAGGCUACUACUCAGACUUGAAGAUCUUCAGUCCAAAUCUGGCCCUGCUCAAACUCCAGGGCUUCAGCGAGGCUGGGGCUAAGAAGACUGACAAGAAAACAUUGAAGAAAAUCAGGAAGAUACACUUUAAGGAGUUUGAGGAGUUCACCAGGAAGCUGGAAGUGAAGAGGCCCAGGGGUACACAGCGAACUCACCCCAAUGUCUUCUGGCCGGGUCACCUCCUGGACAAGCUGCAGCUCUACUUGCCCACUGUGGCUGUGGACCGGAGCCUGGCACUCUUCAGUUGUGUCCAACCGCAGCCCUCUGCCUACUCAGCCACCUACCACCCCCACCACUGGUGGCCCAUUGGGAACAUGAACUAUAUGACCUGUGCCUAUUACGAUGCCCCCAAGGUCUACUACAUCAACUAGAGUGGCCCAGGUGUUGUCGAACCUGGACAUCCUGGGGCUGUGGCCAGUGCCGCUAGCAGCCCAGAGCCACACGCGCAGGGAGUAUGGAGAGCCAGAUAAAAGAAAUCAUUUCAGUG